UUAUAAAAGGGGGAAUAUUGUAUCAGAACUAUUUAUGCUUAGAUGACUUAAAAAAAAAUGACAUCACGUUGAAAGAAUGAAAUUUCAUUAGUCCAGAUUAUUUGAGCGAAGUUUCAGUAUUUGCAAGGCCAUUUUGUUAUAAUACCAUUAUGGAAGGAAAUAAUCCAAUAUUGUUUAAAUCGCUCGAAUCCAUAAUGAAUGUGUUAAAUUGCCACAAACUAUUUUUACAGGACAAUUCAAAUGUUGUCGAGUUGUUAAACAUAUAUCAAUCAAAAAAGGAGCUAGGCAAUGCUGCUGAAUCCAAAAAAUUCCCAUUUAUUGUCCUCGAAGGCUUGGAUGGGUGCGGAAAAACUACUCUAUCAAGAGCUUUAUCGAAAAAACGUGGAGCUGAAUUAAUGUGUACUCCACCCAAAUCUAUUGAUCAUUUACGAUCUUCAUUCGAUGAUGCAACUCUUCGUACUGCAUUUUAUUCAUUGGGGAAUUACAUUGCUGCCGAAGAGAUUCGUGUAAUUACAGCUCGAUCUCCUGUUAUGUUGGAUAGAUAUUGGCAUUCUACUGGAGCUUUUGCAUUAGCUCAAGCAGUACAUAACAAAGAAAUUGAAUUGCCCCCAAUCGAUGAUGAGGUUUAUAAGUGGCCAACUGAUUUACUUAAACCUGAUCUGGUUAUAUACUUGGAUGUAAGUGAAGAAAAUCGUUUAGAAAGAAUAUCAAGACGUCCAACUUGUACCGAUCAAGAAUCUUUGAUCAAAACGAAUGCAGACUUUCGUAAAAAUAUUAUAACGGCCUAUGAGCGAAUGAUUGAUCCAAAAAUUGAGAAAGUUGAUUCGAAUUUAACUUUUAAUAUGACUUUGAGUAAGUUAUUUGAUGCAACUAAUCAUUUAUUUGUGCGUUAAAAUAUAUUUAUAAAUUACGUUGCGUCCUAACGACGUUUAA